AAAUUGUGAACGAGCAGAAGAGUUACUAAACUUCUCAUUUGAAUCCUCAGCAACAGCUAAACCUCAUCGCCAAAAUGGUCCACUGGACAGCCAAUGAGAGAGCUGCUAUCACCUCAACAUGGGCAAAGGUCAGCAUUGAGAAUGAUGGUGCUGAAGCCCUGACCAGGCUAUUUCUCGUGUACCCCUGGACCCAGAGGUAUUUCAGCAGCUUUGGAAAAUUCUCCAGUGCUAGUGCCAUCUCUAGUAAUGCCAAAGUCCGCGCUCAUGGCAAGAAGGUGCUCGGAGCUAUUGGCAAAGCUAUUCUGCAUCUGGAUGAUGUGAAAGGCAAUCUGGCUCAACUCAGCAAAGAGCAUGCUACUGAGCUCCAUGUGGAUCCUGAGAACUUUAGGCGUCUUGCCGAAGUGCUGGUAAUUGUCUUGGCUACCAGGCUGGGAACUGCCUUCACCCCUCAAAUCCAGGCUGCCUGGGAGAAAUUCAACAACGUUUUGGUGGCCGCUCUCAGCCAUGGAUACUACUAAAUCCUCAAAACACUGAGACUUGACAUUAUUGGCAACAAAUGCUUCUGUGAUUUGUUCAUUUUCAAUAAAGCUUUCCAUUCAUAAAUCAAA